CUGACCGAUAAUAAAAACAGCAUAAACGCAGACAUCUCAUCUCACACACAUGAAUGACCAACGACACGCAAGUCACGUCACGUCACGUCACGUCAAGGGCAAAUAGUCCAUCUCCCUGCCGGUCCACCCAUCCUCCGGCAUCCCCACACACCGCCGCACGGUCGGGCGAAACACCUCGGGAGGCUCGCGUGCAUCGAGGACCACCAUCUCUUCCCCCAGCCGUCUCGCCUGCACAACCGCCCUUGGCUGCUGACUACCCAGGCCGCCUCUCUGCUGUGACUGCCGCGCGGCGAUCGCAUCCAGCCUCUUCAUCACGGCCACGAGCCACUGCCGGAUGCCAUCGUGGUCCAGACAGCGCCACGCAAACGUGUGUGCGGCUCUCCCCAGCCGCAUGGCAAUGUCUUCAUGCUCUCGCAGCCAUGUGAUCUUGGCCAUGAGCUCUUCAGCUGUGGCGAAGGGCACGAGAACGCCGUGGCGCUUCAGUAGGGGCGAGUAGAACUGAUGUGAUUCGUAGGCCCUCUGGUGCUGCAGCACCACGCCUCCGGAGAGCAGCAGCAGCCGAAGUCGUGUUGACCAGGGGCCGACGCCAGGGAGGUCCACCAGGUACCGGUGCUGGAAUAAGAGCUCCUGCCACUUGUCGAAGGGCACGGGAUUCUUCCGGCAGAUCAAGUCAGACGGACACCCAUACUCACUGCUCACACACACGAGAGAGCGAGAGAACGACAGAAACGCAGACACCACCAUGUGUUGUCUAUCGAAAAGUUGUCCUUCGUGCUUGUCUUACCUCUCCAGCAGUCGGGCAUGUUUGGUGCAGUUGAUCUUGUCAGCAUCCGACACGUAGAAGGUGGACGCCUGGUGCGGCUCCUCGGGAAGAGCGAACACGUCACACGCCAUCCGCAGCCGCAAGUGCUCCGUGAAACGGCCGACGAAGAACGCCCCACCCCCUCGCUCCAUCCACACGGACUCAAAGCUCUUGGCUGACAGGAAGUCACGCACCUUAGCCUCCUCAUGGUUGUUGUGCUGCAGGUAUGGCACCGCAGCCACAUCCCAGUUGAGGGCGGACGAUGACGUCGAGACCAGGAGGGCGGGGUGGUGCGGGCCAGGGGAGAGGGUGUAGAAAGAGCUGUUGGCUUGGCAUCGCUCGGUAUAGGGGGCCAUGCCCCGCCAGAUCUUCUGGCAAUCGUCCAGCUGCACGGCGAAUUCCACCGUCAGGUUAGCGCCGCUGCCUCUCGCGUACUCGAGUGCCGAUGCCAGUCGGGUCAGGAAGUCGAGAGCGCCGUCCUCCUUGAUUUUGUCCGACGACCCGUGAGGCAUCGGCCGACAAUAGAGCUGCCCGUCACGAACACUCAGACGCAUCAGGGUGUUCCUGUGGAACGACAGCUGCAGGGCGUUGUCGGCAAGCCCAGUGAGCAUUGGCAGGCCGCCGCCUCGGCUCCGCGCCGCUGCCUCCAGUUGAGUCAGCGACGUGCUGUCAUCGAGCACUUCCUCCCAGUAUCUGCUGCAGUGGUCGGCCAGCAGGUCGCCGUCAUGCAGCCGCCCCUCGAAUGCCUCAAAGGAAGCCAAGUCGACGGGGGCGUCAUGAAAGCCACCGCGGUAGGGCUGAGGCGCAUUCUGUGUGACAGAGCUCCAGCCAUCCGAUUCGGUCCAGCGCUGCUCCGUCGACUGGUGGCGCAGUACGCGGUAGCUGAAGAGAACCACUGUGGUUCCGCCCAAGAAGACGCAUAUACAGAGGGUCUGGAGGUAGAAGGAGAGGGAGGCUGAAUGGGAGCCGGUCACGCCGAUCAUCAUUGCUGCAGUUGAGACGACAGCCGAGACCGAAAAUGAGACAUUGUCAAAGCGGCUGUCGCUUGUUGUCCU